AUGGACCGAUUCAGGGCGCGUCCCCUCCAGACGCUUUCUCUCACUUCGCGUCCGCCUUCGCCACAUGCCCUUGCCUGGUCAUGCGACGCUGAACUGGCCGUUGCCACGCAGGAAUGCAUCUACAUCUUCUUGCCCGACUAUCUGGCCGGCCACGAUGCCGACGCUGAUGAACGAGAUGCCUCACAGUAUCAGUUUGCGCUCUCUCUCCAGCCAUCUGCCGUCAUCAAUCCAAAUACCAAGAUCAAUGGUCAGCUGUGCGCCCAAGCAGGCGUCAGGCUACCGGCUCCUCGAACAGGCGACGAGGGCAGUUUCAGAGGCGUUGGUAAUGGGACGGUCACAGGGUCUGGCGCAGCCUUGGGGCAGGUCAUCAGAGUAGAGUGGUCGCCGAGUGGGCUUGGCUGCAACUCUCGCCCAGUGCUGAUGGCCCUGACAACGACUGGCAAUCUCAUCACGUUUGGGGAGCAGGUCGACAGCCAGUCAUCCGCCACGUCGAGCAUGAGGACUCGGACCUUUAAGAAUUGGAGGGUGCUUUGGGGCUUGGGAGCCAAGCUUCCGAUCCCGGAUUCCAGGUUCGAAGACGGGUUCCGGAUCAUGGACGAGCGCAUCGUCUCGUUUUCGUGGGCCAAGGAGAUUGCCCCCGGAAGAGCCUUGUUGGCCUAUCUCAACGACAUGGGUCAGAUUAUUGUCAUGAGUAUCCGGUAUCACCGUCGCCGAGAUUCUUCUAAACGCGGCUCUGAGCAAGAAUGGGUUUGGACUUUGACGGAGCACAUCAGAAUCGACGGACGGGGCCCUCACAAGGAGGAUACAGAUCCACAAGAUCCGGAUUUCAGUCCUCAAGGCAGCAUCUUCUCCCUUAAAUGGAGCCCCUGGCUAGUCGACAAUGGAAACAGAACUGCGACCCUGGGAUAUCUGUCGAAAAACCAUGCUGGCUUCCGCAGGAUCGUACUGUACGGUGACUGGGAGAGGGGCGAGUUGCCCGACGUGGAAGCUGAACGAAGCGACACUACCACAAUGUGUCUCCCUCUCUCUAGUGACGCGUUGAUUGAGUGGGAGGAUGCGAUAUGGACCGAGGGGGAUUCCCAUACUGCUCGGGGUAUCAUCACAACUCCUUUCACAAUCAAGUCUUUCCAGAUCAUGCUCAACGGUAUCUUGAGUGAACCGUCACCUCCGCACUCUAUCUGGGAGUGCGCUUCAGCCUAUGCCGACGAAGAGGAUGUGUCGACAAAUCCCAUCACAGGCCUUGUUGUGCAUGAUCCUGAUCCCAAUAAUAAGCCCCCGAUUCCAUACUAUUCUCUGGUGAGGCUAUCCGCCACCUCCACCAAUCUCGACUGGUACCAGACAAACUUGCCCGAAGAAAACCUUCCGCAAUGGGUAGAAGAUAUAGGGGACCAGAAUGCCCGCCUCGUCUCUCGAAGGGCCGCAUUAUACGGCGUAGACUCAGAUUUCGAGUCAGACUCUGAGGGUGAAGACAAGCCGAUGCAAGACGCACCUCCAGCGUCAGCCGAUCCCGGUUUGCAGGUUCACCCGUACCGGUUUCGCCUCUGGGGCUUGGCCAAGUCCCCCGGCGAUGGAUGUACCGCCGUCCUUGCCUCGAAGCACGAUACUCAGCAUCCCGAUCGCCGCGGCGUCUCAAAUGUUCACUUCGACUGGCAAGUCUCUGCAGAUGCCGACGGCAAACCCCAGCGCGCGAGACCAAUCUCUAAGCCACUGACCACGGAGGGCCGAGCUUGGGAGUGGAUGUACGGGCUGGGAGGCGACGUUCCCGGCGUGACACCAGGGUACAAGACUUCGUCUGCCAAACAGCAGGCCAGUCCACUGAGAGAAGUGUUCAAGCGUGCGGCUACGAGUCUGCCCUGUGUAUUCUGUGAGGCUCGACUAUCUAUCAAGGAUGAUGUAGCUACUUGCAAAAACCGCCAUGCAUUCGCGAUAUGUGCCACAUCUGGCAUCCCCAUCUUGGCUCCUGGGAUCUCUCGAGUCUGUGGCGUGUGUAAGAUGCGCUGUCUCAAGGUCUCUGAGUUGGAAAAGUUGGCGGAGGAGUACCUUGGGAGUGUUGAUGCGGUGGGGGAUUCACAAGGAGAAGUGUGUGGAGGUUGUGGCGGCAAGUUUGUCGUUUGA